GGGGGCAUGCACCCAUCGUCCUUGUCACGGCAUUUAACCGCUAACUUGCUGCAGUUUGUUAUCACUGGGGACAGAUGAAUAAUGGCAAAGUCGCACUUAAGUCCAAGGUUAUGAGUAGCUGGCAUAUGUUACAGCAUGCUAUCCAUCAGUACUGAAGACAAUGGUGGUGGUGUCAGCAGUUUGUGGUAGCAAGCAAUAGGGUUUGAUUUACAACUGCAGCAGAAGCCAUGCUACCAGGGGUAGGUGUGUUUGGGACCAACUUCACUGCUCGGGUCAUCAUACCCCUUUUAAAGGACGAGGGCUUCUCUGUGAAGGCACUGUGGGGCAGAACACAGGAGGAAGCGGAGCUGCUUGCCAAAGAAAUGAACGUGCCUUUUUUUACAAACAGGAUAGACGAUGUAUUACUGCACCAGGAUGUGGAUCUGGUUUGCAUCAACCUUCCUCCUCCCUUGACCAGGCAGGUAGCUGUCAAAACAUUAGGUAUUGGAAAGAAUGUAAUUUGUGACAGAACUGCUACACCCCUGGAUGCCUUCAGGAUGAUGUCAGCUGCACACUAUUACCCUAAGCUCAUGAGCAUUAUGGGGAAUGUCCUGCGCUUCUUGCCAGCUUUUGUGAAGAUGAAACAGUUGAUUCAGGAGGGCUAUGUGGGGGAAUUGCUUGUGUGUGAGGUACAGGUGCAUAGUGGCAGUUUAUUGGGUAAAAAAUAUAACUGGAGCUGUGAUGAUCUCAUGGGUGGAGGUGGUCUGCAUUCUGUUGGCAGCUACAUUAUUGACCUCCUAACUUUCCUCACCAGCCAGAAAGCAGUAAAAGUUCAUGGGUUCCUGAAAACAUUUGUGAAACAAACAGACCAUAUCAAAGGGAUACGCCAGAUCACCAGUGAUGACUUCUGCACUUUCCAGAUGGUUCUAGAAGGUGGGGUGUGUUGCACUGUGACAUUGAACUUUAAUGUUCCUGGGGAGUUCAAGCAAGAAAUUAUCUUGGUAGGAUCUAAUGGACGACUCACUGCAAGUGGCACUGAUUUGUAUGGGCAAAAGAAUGAUGCAUCACAGCAGGAGCUAAUUCUAAAGGAUUCUGCCCCCAUCAGCAGUGCACUGCUCCCGGAAAAUGCAUUUAGCAACAUACCAUCACCAUAUCUUAGAGGUACUAUCAAGAUGGUCCAGGCUGUCCGCCAAGCAUUCCAAGACCAGGAUGAUCGUAGAACAUGGGAUGGUAGGCCACUUACAAUGGCAGCCACAUUUGAUGAUUGUCUUUAUGCCCUCUGUGUUGUAGACACUAUCAAAAAAUCCAGCCAGACAGGUGAUUGGCAGAAUAUUGUCAUAAUGACCGAGGAACCUGAAAUAAGCCCUGCUUAUCUUAUCAGUGAAGCUAUGCGCAGAAGUCAAAUGCCCCUUUACUGCUAGUAUGUUCACUUUCCUAGCACAGAGGAACUAAAAGCAAGUCCUGCAUGAUUUGAUUUGCAGAGUUGUUGACUUGUGUAUAACUGGCAUACAUGCAUGUGGCACAACAGCUGUCCAGAAGAAUCACCUAACAUAGGUUACAGUGUUCAUUAAGCUCCAGUUUAACAGUGAAGGAACAGAUGGCUCUCUCCAGAUCUGUAUUUAAUUUUGACCAAGUAUUGUGUAGCUGUUCUUUGUUACAUACAGACUGUACAUGUAGUAUCUGGAAAUAUUUACAAACAUCAAGAAGUGUGAAGGUGAAGGAAGUUAAGCCACACUUCCAAAGCAGUUUACUGCAGACAUUAUAACUGAUAAUGUGUAUGUGUCUGUUCCUUGUCUACUUAAUUACUAGGCAUUUUCAAGAAGAAAAGAUAGAAAAUUCUCCAAACUGCUCCUGGUGUGUUUUGUUUCCAACAGAAAUGUACCCAGCCUGGUAAAAAAGUGUAAUAUUUAUUCACAAAAUAACCAUUACUGUGGAGUAGAGCAGUGAUUUGCAAGACUUGUAGUAUGUAGGGAAUUUAAAGCAAAUUAUGGCUGAAGCUCAUGUACCAGUUAGUUUGCUUUGCAGAUCCUAAGAGAACUAGACAUCAGCUGAUAAGUUUGUCUUUUUUAUUUUCAUUUGUCACAGAUAAAUGUUGCCAAAGGGAAUGUGCCACAUUUUGUAUUCUGUAUCAAGUGGGGAAAUAUGCUUUUCUCCCACAAGAAACUCUCAGAUCAUACUGUACUUCGUAAGCACAUUGGUACUGCUUACUGCAUCAUGGUGCAUAAGUAGAACAUUAACAUUUUGUGUUCCUUUACUUGUAAUUUAUUAGUAAAUGUGCCGUGAAAUAAUUGUGCUUUAAUAAGGAAAUGUGAAAGUGCUAAUAGUGGCUGAUUAAAUGUAUUGAGCGCAUUCAA